CGGGGAGCCGUGGAUGGGAGCGGGUGGCGGAGGCGGCGGCGAAGCGAGCCGGGAGCGGCGGGAAGAGAGAGGAUUGGCUACUCUCCCACUAUGCUGACAGCAUUUUAAGUAUAUUUGUCAAUUUUCCAAAUUUUAACUGAAGAAAACCUUAAGAGUUUAUUAUUGAGGACUAGAGUGUGAAUCUACCAAAUAUCAGGAUGAAUCUGGAAAAACUCAGCAAGCCUGAACUCCUGACACUAUUCAGUAUUCUUGAAGGAGAGCUUGAAGCGAGGGACCUUGUUAUAGAAGCAUUAAAGGCCCAGCACCGAGACACGUUCAUUGAGGAGCGCUAUGGGAAGUACAACAUCAGUGACCCUCUGAUGGCUCUGCAGAGAGACUUCGAGGCUCUCAAGGAGAAGCAUGAUGGCGAGAAGCAGCCCGUCUGCACAAACCCGCUCUCCAUUCUGAAGGUGGUGGUGAGGCAGUGCAAGAAUAUGCAAGAGCGCAUGCUGUCCCAGCUGGCGGCCGCCGAGAGCAGGCACCGCAAGGUAAUCCUAGACCUUGAGGAGGAACGGCAGAGGCACGCCCAGGACACAGCUGAAGGAGAUGACGUCACCUACAUGCUGGAGAAGGAGAGAGAGCGGCUGAGCCAGCAGUUGGAAUUUGAAAAGUCCCAGGUGAAAAAGUUUGAGAAGGAGCAGAAGAAGCUGUCCAGCCAGCUGGAGGAGGAGCGCUCCCGCCACAAGCAGCUCUCCUCCAUGCUGGUGCUCGAGUGCAAGAAGGCCACCAGCAAGGCCACCGAGGAGGGCCAGCGGGCCGGCGAGCUGAGCCUGAAGCUGGAGAAGGAGAAGAGCCGGGCCAGCAAGCUGGAGGAGGAGCUGGCAGCCGAGAGGAAGCGCGGCCUUCAGACCGAGGCCCAGGUGGAGAAGCAGCUGUUGGAGUUCGACAUCGAGAGGGAGCAACUGAGGGCCAAACUGAACCGCGAAGAGAAGCGGACCAAGACGCUGAAAGAGGAGUUGGAGAGUCUGAAGAGGGCGGUGAAGGACCUGGAGACCUCCCACCAGCACAGCAGCCCCCAGGAGCAGCUGCUGCCACCCACUACCUACUCCAAGGGCACAGCGACCGAGCCGCCCGCGCUCGUGUCUGCCUUUUGCCAAACAGAGAGUUUCCCGGCAGAGAGAACCCAGGGGGGCAGCGUGGGCAAGGGGGCAAGCAGCGGGCUGCCUGGCCCCACCACUCCUCCAUACUCGUAUGCAAAAACCAAUGGUCACUGUGACCCAGAGAUAGCGAGCAGCAGGGAGUCAGUCGCCAGCAGCGGUGGGGAAAACCAGGCACCACCGAGGGAGAAAUGUGUGGGGCUGACCCAAGAAAAACCUGUGGAGAACGGUGGGUGUCUGGUGGGCCCUGAGUCUCCGGUGCCAACGUGCAGCCACCUCCCCUCCAGCGGGAGCUCGCUGUCCCCCAGCAGCACUGCCUCCUCCUCACUCACAUCCUCCCCCUGCUCCUCCCCCGUGCUCACCAAGCGCUUACUGGGCUCCACAGCCAGCAGCCCCGGCUACCAGUCUCCCUACCAAGUAGGGAUCAACCAGCGGUUCCAUGCUGCGCGACACAAGUUCCAGUCCCAAGCAGACCAGGACCAGCAAGCAAGUGGUCUGCAGAGCCCUCCGUCCAGGGAUCUGUCCCCCACCCUCAUAGACAACUCUGCUGCCAAGCAGCUGGCCCGCAACACGGUCACACAGGUGCUCUCCAGAUUCACCAGCCAGCAAGGGCCCAUCAAGCCCGUCUCUCCCAACAGCUCCCCCUUUGGCACCGACUAUCGAAAUCUGGCGAGCACUGCCAGCCCCAGAGGAGACUCCAGCCAUUCGCCCACGCCAGGGAAAGUGUCCAGUCCUCUGAGUCCCCUGUCUCCAGGGAUCAAGUCUCCUACCAUCCCCAGAGCGGAGCGAGGGAAUCCUCCACCCAUCCCGCCCAAGAAACCUGGCCUCACCCCGUCUCCCUCCACCACCGCUCCCCUGAGCAAAACGCAGCAUUCCCAGCCAGCCUCCCUGGCCACCACUGAAGACCUUGCAGGCAGCUGCUCCUCCAGUGCCGUCCUCGCCAACGGCAAGGACAUGGAAAUACUGUUGCCUACCAGCAGCUAGUCACUCGGGGAGGACAGGCAGGCUGGGCAUCUCCACACGUGACAUUCCAUCUGAUUCAGCUGAGAGCUUAGAGUCAGAUCGUGUUAUUUAUUUUGAUAGUAGCUGAAACCGCCUGGCCAAUCCAUUUAGUGUAUUUUCCCCCCUUUUGUAUUUUCUUUUUUAACGAGAACCCGAUUCGUGUGGAUUUUUAUGACUCACAUCUUUGUAGUGACGCUGGAAAGGCACUCCAACACACCUCUAGCCCGGUGGGCAGCGUCAAGUUGUGACAGAGAGAGCUGAUUUGGGACCAGAAUCACUCAACGCACAUUUUGAAUGCACGCCAAUUUUUAUUCCAGAUAAACAUAUUUUAAAAGUGCCUGAAAUAAAACUGCCAUACGAAUGUGAUUCUGCAGCAGAAAUGCAAAACGGAUCAUCUUAAUUGCAGAAAACAAGAUCCUCCGUGAAUUCUGAAUGUUAAACACCAAAACUGCUUUUAAUCCUCGUUUACUGUCUUUAGUACGAGCCUUGAGUUCCAGAACGAGGCUAAAAUGGGCAAACGGGCCCUUCCAAAGGUGGGUGUGACCUGCCUUCCUGCUGAGCUCCAGCCCCAGGAGGAGCCCACCUGAGCAUGAAGUGGUUGGGGUGCUAAAUUUUUUUGUACUUUGGAAAAAUUAAAUAACUCCCAGCUUCCUGCAUCCAUUCUUGAACAGAAAGAAAUCCCAUCUCUAGUCAGAAAAUGUCUUCAAGCAUCUCCUGUGGUGUAAGGAACUUCCUUCCGCCUCUGGUUGCUGUUACUUGAAUCGGAAUUGGCUUGCUCGUUCUGUAUAAAGGUUUGGAAACCAAGUGAGUUCUUUAUUUUGUAAUGCAAAAGCAAUAACUUAAAGCGCACUCACUUUGUGAUAUUGUCAGUCAGAAUUACACAGGUUUUACCAAAUUGCCACACACAGGUUCCAAACUGCCAGCAUUUGUGUAUGUAUCUGUGAAACCAAAUUACUGCUUGCCCAGCUGGACAGGUAUGUAUAUUGUAAAGAUAUACACCCCGUGAAAUGUGUUAACAUGCACACACUUAAAGCAGGUGAGUAGUAGUGUGAUUAUAUCUUUGGAGUUUUCAGUACAGCCUGAAGGGCAAGUACAAAUGCACACUUAGAUUACCUACCAAAGUCACCAGACGUGGCUGGGACCCAGCCAAGGGCGGAAUCCUGUGCACAGGUGGGUGGUAAAGUCCCAAAUGCAAAUCAGGUCACCAGCAUCACACACAGCCAGACUACACCAGCCAACCCCAGGGUCCCAAACUCAGCUGGAGGACCGAGCGUGGAUGUGAGUGUGGCAGGUCACUCGGACGGAGCGAGGCGGAGGGGAAUGCUGGGAGCUGCCGCAACCACCAUGCUCCUGCCCCGCCUGCUGCCUGCAGUACAAGAAGACCAGACCAGGCUCACCAGUCCGUCAGCUUUUCAUGAAACCCACAUUUUUAAAUAUCAAGAACCGAUUCAAAAGUAUUUAAACACUGCUGGUUAAGCAAACACUUUUGCAGCUGGAUUCAGGUUACCGGCUGCUACGUGGCAGCCUCUUUUCUUUCUAGAAACUUCUGUCAUUUCCAUCAUAAGGAGGUUUGUGGACCAAAACCUCAUUUUCAGCCCUCUAGGCAAAUACAGCUGACAGCCUUCGGAUAUCCUGACUGCCCCUCCCCACACAGGACUAUGCCCCACCCCACCCCCAGCACAUGCUGGACUGGUCUGCCCGUGUCAGUGGGGAUGGAGGCUCUGCUGUCCGCGCACACAAGCCUCCUUGCCAGCUUCCAUCUCGGAGCCUGUGCCUCUCAGUCACGGUGAAAUCCUGCCCCUCGUCCUUGUUGGAGGGAAACCUUGGGCUGGAACUUGAUAUGUCUGUCAUUCACAGUGAGCAGACUGCCGAUGCUGGUGGAUGGCGUGAUCCCGACCAAGACAGCAGAAAUGAGACUGGCUCCACCGCCCCAGGGUGAAAGGGGCACCCUAAAUUCCCGCCCAAAGCAAUCGGGAAUUGAACUUCCUGCCCACGCGUGGCCACACUGAAUAGUGUUUAUGCUAAAAUGGCCGAGCUUCUGAAGGGCAGGGAUCAGUCCCAGCAUGCUAGUACCUCUCUCGCUUUAAUGCUGCUCUCCAAUGGCGCAUUGUGCUCUCCCUUUGUCUGGGCACAGAGAGAGAGAGAGAGAUCUACAUAUGCAGAAAGAGAUACUAUAAGGGAGUUUAUUUCUUAGCAAGUGCACUGAACAAUGUAUGUCUUUUACAGUGUAAUAUGGGGGUGGGGAAAUGUGAAAGAAAUUUGUAUUUUUGCUAGUUGCCUAUCUUCGGAGGUCAGUAAGCACAAUAAUUGCAAUGGAUCGAACUAACCCCAAUAGCUGUUAAGAGGUUAGCGUUUACGUUUGCUGUAGAUUGUGUGUGCCGAGUAAAAGUGUCAGGACUCACAUGUUGGUAUUAAUCCGUGUCGCGAGAGCUGUGUUGCCGACCAUCUGGUCUGUGCCACACAGACACUGACUCCUUCACCUCUGUAAAGCCAAACGGACCAACCGAAUCCGCGUUCCUCUUUGUAGCAGACUCCAUUAAAAGACGCUAAACCAGA